AUGUUUGUUACUGUUUCCCCAUCGGUGCUGUUCUUAAGUCUUUCUCUUCCUUUUCCUGUCUCUCUUUCUUUCUUUCUUUCUUUCUUUCUUUCUUUCUUUCUUUCUUUUUCUUUCUCUCUUUUUCUUUCUUUCUUUCUUUUUCUUUCUUUCUUUCUUUCUUUUUCAUUCUCUCUUUCUCUCUUUCUUUCUUUCUUUCUUUCUUAUUUUACUUUCUUUAUUCCUUGUUCAGCCAUUUUAUUUCUUACGGUUUUUUCUUUGUUAUUCAAUUUUCUUUUCUGUUUUCUUUAUCGUUCACAUUUCUUUUCUUCUUCGCUCAGUUUUCCUUUUUUUAUUUCAUUGUCGUUCAAUUUUCUUUAUUUCUUUCUCAUUCAGUUUUGUCUCUUUGUCUUUUUUCUUUUCUUCGUCGCUGAGUUUUCUUUCUUUUUCUUUCAUUGUGCUUGUUCUACAUCUGUUCGUCGUCCCUUCCCACUCAUUCACCCUUGCACCUAUCAACCCCCCUCUUCUCCCUCUAUUUCUCUUUUCCCUUAUUUCCAACCCAACUUAUUUUCUUUACGUCUUAUUUCCUUUCUGUUUGAGUCUCUUUUACUCUACUCUUUAAUCUUUCUACUUCUUUCUUUUUACCAUCAUCUCUCCUCUCCUCCUCCUUCUCUCUCUCCUCUCCUCCUUCUCUCUCUCCUCUCCUCCUUCUCUCUCUCUCUCUCUUUCUCUCUCUCUCUCUCUCGAGCGCGAUUUAUUCGCAAAAUUUUAAUUUUCUCUGCCUUCCUUUCAUUUUUUUUCCUUAUUUCUACGAACGUUUUCUUUUCUUCUACUAGAUGUUUGUUGUUUUUUUUCUUUUCGGCAUUUCUUUUUCUUUUUUUCUUCUUUUUUCUCCUAAUUUACAUCUGCUUCACUUCUUUUACUCGUUAUUAUUUUAUUCAAGUUUCCUUUUUUUUUUCUUCUUCAAAGUCUUUCUCUCAGCUUGUCGCCAUUUUCCCUAAUUUCUCCUCUUUUUUUAGUAAUUCUUUCUUCACCAGUUCUUCCUUUUUUUUUUUACAAACUCUUUCUUUCUUUACUAAUUCGUUCAUUAUUUUUUUUAUUAAUUUCAUGAUUCUUUCUUUUUUUAACAAGUCUGUCUAUAAUUCUUUCUUUCUUUCUUUAUUCAUGUUCAACUUUUUCUUUUUUCUUCAAUCUUUUUUCUCUUUAUUCAUUUUCCUUCUCUCCUUCAUUUCCUUUCUUAGUUCCCGGAUUGUUUACGUUUUCUUUUUACGUAAGUUAGUUUAUCACUAUAUUUUACCUCUUUUAUGUUUCUUUUUUCUUUUUCCUCUCAGCGCGGUUCUUUUUGACUCAGAUUUUUUUUUGUCAGUGACUUUUCCACACCAGAUCCUUAACUUCGCCCGGGCAAGUGUGUGGUCAGGUCUGGGGUGGAGCGUAAGCCUAGAGGCAAGCCCCUCCUUGACUUCCAAACGAAAUCGCACAUGA